AUGUCAAUGUUAACAUUAGAAACACUACCAUUCGAAUUAUAUUUUCAUAUAUUUCAAUAUUUAUUACCUCACGAAAUACUACAAACAUUUUUAAAUAUAAAUUCACGUUUUAAUUCAGCUAUUAAUCUCUGUUGUUGUAAACGUAUUAGUCUUGUCGGUGUUUCAACAGUACACUUUCAAUAUUAUUAUCAUCAUGUUAUUCCAAAACUUAAAAAAGAGAAUAUUAUUGCAUUACACUUAUCUUACAGAAAUGUAACAUCACAAGUUAUUCUACAAAAAUUUUUCGAUUUAGAACAACAUCAGCACUUAACAUAUUUACGAUUGUGUAUAAAUGUUAAUCAUUCGACGGAUAGUUGUUGUUACAAUUUGCUGUGUCAAGAAGUGUUCUCAAUACCAACAUUAAAAAUAUGUUAUUUAUUAAAGUAUAACGAUAUUCCAAAACUAGUAUUGACAUCUCAGGCUGUAAAACUUGAAUAUUUGGAAAUUCAUUUAGGCUAUAAAAAUGGCUUAUUGAUGUUGUUAAACCACAUACCAUCGAUUAAACAUUUGUCUGUUUCAAUUAUUGCAGAUGAUAAAGACAUCAACACCACCACCACCGACGAUUCAACAGCAAUAGUACAACUCCCGUGCGGUUUGAAAUGGUGUGUAUAUGUCAUUUUGAAGCCCGUUUAA